AUCUACCAGUUUUAAAACGGCUUUCAUCCAUAAGUAGUUGAGGCUCAUAUCCUCACAAUGUCAAAUAAUUGUAGUGUGACAGGGUUCUAAAGUGGGUACAUGAUAUUGACUGUACAUUUUAGUAGGUACAACACAGCCCCACAAAUUCAAAUUCAAAAAUAUCUUUAUUCAAUAGCCUAAAAAUGCCAAACUGGACUUUAGUUGGUGCUAUACUAUUGCCCAAUGCUGGGGGUUGGGCUAGCACUGUGGCUAUGAUGAGGAGGGCCUGGUACCAGGACGUUAAGAAACCAGACUGGAAACCACCGAGAUGGGUUUUUCGGCCCGCUUGGACUAUUAUUUACACCAGUAUGGGCUAUGCUUCAUACAUGGUUUAUAAGGAUUGUGGAGGAUUUACGAAAAAAGCAGCUUUGCCUUUGGCUUUGUACGGAGGACAAUUAGCCUUAAAUUGGGGUUGGACCCCAAUGUUUUUUGGAAUGCGCAUGAUCGGAGGGGCCCUAGCCCACAUACUCGUACUAGAUGUAGCGGCUACAGCAUGCACCAUAAGUUUCGCUAGGAUCAACAAGAAGACAUUAUACUGUAUGGUGCCAUACUUGUGUUGGCUUAGCUUCGCCAGUUACCUAACUUACACCAUUUGGAAGCUAAAUAAACCUGGAAAAGAUGUAACUGGUAGUGACAAUGAGUAAAGUACCUAAAUUUUUUAUAAUUAAUUAUUUUACUUUGAUCUUUUAUUAAUCUUAUUAAUGUUUUAUUAAUUAUGACAAUAAUCGCUUAAAUUUAAAACUUUUGUAUAUUUUUUUUCGUAUUUUGUCACCACUUGCAAUCAGACCGAAGACCAUAAGCAGGUCUGUUCCUUAUUUACAUCAGUCGGUUUGUAAUAUAAAAGCAAAAUACCACUCACUGGCCUUUGGCAGCUCAAUAGUAACCCUGACACCGGGGUUGACGAGGUUGGUACAGUCAUGAGCAAUAUACCCACUUUAGGACUCUGUCGCACUAACAUAUUUGACAUUUAGUGAGACUUACAGUUCAAUUUCUCAUAAAAGUUAAUGUGACAUGGUACCAAAGUGUAUAAAUAUUAAUGCUCGUAACCGUACUCCAUCUGACAAUUGGGCACAAUACCUGGAAACCACGUGAUAUCAUUUAUCUGUGUUCCAAACAUGAAUUCAAACUCGAAAAGUCGAAUUCAGUGGUUUACAACCCGAGCCAGUAUUCGGACCAGUGACACUAAGAUUUUUAUGAUAUCGCGGAUUUUUUUGCUAAACUGGGGAACCAUAUUAUUAUUUUAGUUUUAUAUAAAAUCUAACGAACACAACACAACACAGUGCUGAUUCCUGUAAACACUGAUUCCUGUAAAAGGAAAGGGACGGGUAAUCGACAGGCAUACAAUUUAAUCACACGUCAAUUUUAGGCACGAAUCUAAAACAACCGCCUAAAAAUUUCACGUUGAUCAAUAACCCGACCUAAUUAAGUUAACAGCACACAUCAAAGGGUUUGCAUACCAAUAAGAUGCCUCUUUGAUUCGUUCGGAUUAUUCAUUCAUCCACUCAUUAAUUUUAAAAUUAACAGCUGUCAAUCAUCCGUUCCUUUCCUUUUCGGCGGAUAAGAAAAUGACGGGUAUAACUUAAAAUGAAAUUAGCGAGGUGUCUGCAGGAAUCGGGGCCUACUAGGCUAAGUAAAAACAUAUUUUUGCAUGUUUAUAUUUAAUUUUAUAUUUACAAAAGAAAAUAUACAAAAUUGCGUAUUA